UUUCCUUCAAUUCUAUCACCUUUCUGUUUGCUCUGUAUUGAUAUUGUUUGUAACGUUAGUGGUUGACAACCACUGUUUGUCUACCCGAAAACACCUGAAAAAAGAAGCUUCUGCCUCAUUCUGGCGAGAGUCGAUAGCUUUUUUUGGGCUGUCCACCGGACAUGCAGAUCAUGAGAAUUAGAUAUCCAUGUCACAUAAGCGGACAAAUCUAAGGUGCUAAGUUUCGAAUUCAGAGUGUUUAGCACAUUUCCAAUCUCGGUUUACUACUCGACUAUGUUUGUAUGGUUAAGACGACUGUUGUUGCAUUUGAUAUGUUCUGAAUUCGAGUUUGUUACAUCAUUUAUAUAACAGUGAUAUUGGUUAUAGGUAAUCAGUUAGAACUAUAGAUGUUUAAGCGUUGGACUUCAGCACAAUGAGAUGUUAGUCUAUGUACAACUACUAUUUAGAGCAAGAAGAUGAAAUAAAGCCAAUCCGACCGUCAGAAUCAUGUAGAGAAAAUGAUUAGAUGGGGCAAAGUAACUUAACAGCGAAUCCAUCACGUAUUUCUCAACUCUAUAAUUAGGGUUUGCUAUAUUUAGUUUUUUUUUUUAGUUCAGAAAAACUGUACCAAAAAAGAAGAAAUUCAAAUCCAACUAUUAUUAUUCGAAGCCGACGUUUACGCUCCACGCCUCAUUUCUGGAGUGCAAAUAGGGUCCAAAAAUGGUGAAAGAAGAGGUUGAGAGGGUGACAAACAACAAGCAAAAAUAAGCAGGGACAUUAUAGAAGAAGAAGAAAAAGAAUAAGGGAGAGAUGACGGUCAUAAAUAUUAUCUUCAGAGUCGAUGAGAUAUGCAAGAAGUACGACAAGUACGACGUCGACAAGCAGCGUGAGCUCGGCGCUUCCGGAGACGAUGCCUUCUCCCGUCUCUUCAACUCCAUUGAUACCGAUAUUGAAUCGGUUGUACAUAAAGCGGAGUUGGCAUCAACAGAGAGCAACAGAGCUGCAGCUGUGGCCUUGAAUGCUGAGGUUCGAAGGACAAAAGCUCGUUUAGCUGAAGAUGUUGUUAAACUGCAGAAACUCGCCGUUAAAAAGGUCAAAGGGCUCACAAAAGAGGAACGAGAGUCCCGAUGUGAUCUAGUUAUCGCGCUAGCCGAUAGGAUUCAAGUGAUACCUGACGGACAUGAAAGACAAUCUAAUAAUGAAUGGGGAGGUGCUUCUGCCCCCAACAAGAACAUCAAGUUUGAUAUAUCUGAGGAAGACAUGGAUGACGGGUUUUUCCAGCAAACUGAAGAAUCCAGCCAGUUUCGACAAGAAUAUGAAAUGAGAAAAAAGAAGCAGGCAUGUAAAAAAUACAUUCAUCUAACUUUUUUUAAUUUGACAACAAGGUUUCAGAUUAACGUUUUUCUUCAGGACGAGGGCCUUGAUGUUAUAUCAGAAGGUUUGGACGCACUGAAGAACUUAGCACGUGACAUGAACGAGGAACUUGACAAGCAAGUCCCAUUGAUGGAUGAAAUGGAAACAAAGGUUGAUGGAGCAACUUCGGAUUUGAAGAACACCAAUGUUCGGCUCAAGCAACAGCUUGUAAAGAUGAGAUCGAGCCGCAACUUCUGCAUCGACAUUAUUCUUCUCUGUGUGGUCCUUGGAAUCAUCUCUUACAUCUAUAAUGCCCUGAGCUAAAGUUGGAGAGGGCAGCUACCGGAUAUUCUCAUUGCCAUUGUCAAGCCUAUGGUAACUUCUUACCAAAGUAAUAAUAGUCAUUUCCUGGAGAGCAAGCAAACAAGUUAUUUUCACAAGCUUUUACCAUUUGUAUACAGUUUUAAGGAAUUAUUCUUGGCAAGAAAUAAUACAUAUGCACAAGGUUCGCUGUUGUAGUUGUGUUUGUUUUGUUGGGCGAUUUAUUUUGUUGAAUCAGAAUGUUUUAGCGUUUCCAAGUA